AUGAAUUUUGCAGGAAUACAUACAUUCCGUGGCGUUAUUUUCAGUAAUAACUUCAAUGUGACGCCAUCGGACUACGAAGAUUAUCACUUAAAUGAGGCAAGUGAUGGAAUCGAAAGUCCGGGCACUAUGCCAGAAAUUGCACCAGGCGCUUGCCAGCAAUAUUUUGCGUUAGGUUCGGUGAUCCCUGAAGGGACGAUAACAUUUAUGUCGAAGCUGGUGUUCAAGACUUCAUCGUUUAAUAGUUUGUUCAAUAUGCCGACCAUGCAACGACUCUGCGCAAUUGAUUCAAUUCUGGACCGAGAGAUGGAUUUGAAUGGCUUAAAUGGAUCGAAACUGAAACGCUUACCAUUUUCCUUCAAUCUUCCUUACUACACAAUGUGCCUCAACAUGCAACAACCAUCCAAUUCAUGCUAUUCGCUUAAUAUUGACGACAUCGAAAUGUUCAAAUCUCUGAUCCUGACGUGUCAGUCGGAAGAUCCACCAAUUCAGUGCCAGCUACCAAUCGCUCAGCAGUUGUCAAGCAUGAUAUUUCAGAGGCGUGAUGGGCCAGUAGAUCUUGAAAAACCAAUUUAUAUAGCUGUUGUUUUGCCGGUAACAUUAUCGCUCGAUGGCCGUACAAAUCUGCAUUUUUAUUCAAAUCUGCUACAAAGACUUAAAGAAGACUAUGACGGAAAUGGCCUUCAGCUGGUUGGCGCUCAAUUUGGUGUCAAAGACGGCUUAUUUGAAGAGAAAAUUCGUGGAGACGCUAGGCUUGGGGCGUUGGCUAUUCUGCUCGUUGUUGUCAUUGUACUAAUUUAUACCAACAGUUUCUUCUUCACAUUUUGCAUUGCUGCUGGUUUAAUAUUAUCUAUUGGCGUGGCGUUCUUUAUUUAUACGAUUGUUUUUGGGGUCAAAUUUUUCCCGUUUUUAAAUUUGCUUGCGAUGAUACUUGUUGUUGCUGUUGGAGCUGACGAUGCCUUCCUCUUCAUGUACCAGUACAGAAAGCACAAAAAAGAUGCGAGUGAGAAGUGGUCACCACUUUCCAGUAAUGACAUUUGUAAAACGCUGGAUAAAAAUUCGGAUAAGGAGGAGUUACUGGAGUAUCAUCGACGUCGGGUGGUGUCAGCUCUCAGCGAUGCACUAUCACAUGCUGCAGUUGCAAUGUUCGUUACAUCAGCCACCACUGCCGUGGCAUUCUUCGCUAAUGUGGUGUCUAAAAUUAUGGUUCUCAGGUAUAGUGUUUUAAUCAGUUCACACCGAAGUGGCUCAUUUAUCUAG